GUAUUGCUAAGGUAAACCAUCAUGGCGUCGUCCGGCAUAAACGAAGCACCUUGCUGUUUACAUUUCGUAAUGCGGAAUAAUUGCUGAUAAUAGACUGCCACAAUCAAAAGAACAAAAUGUCGGAAGGACGUGGAGAUUCUCGAGCUAGUCUCAUCAGCCAGCUUUCGGAAUCUACAGUUUUGAAUCAGGAUUUAGGUGACAUUGGUUUAUUGGAGAAUGAAUUGUUAUCUAGACCGACUCUUCCACGUACCAAAGUUGCCAGAUUUGAUCUUGGCUCACCAAAAUUUCCUCAAGAAAAUCGAACUACUCUACAGUCUGGCAUCAGACUUGGAACAAAAGCAAUGCCAAACAUGGCAGCAGAACUAAGAGAGAGGCUCAUUGAUAAACCAGAAAACUCUGCCGUCCUCAUCAAUGCAAGGUAUCAGUCACUGGGACCAACAUCUACAAAUGGCCAUCCGCAGAUUCCUCGUCCUCCUUCUGGUAAACGUGAGCAGCACCCAAUGCCAGCUUUCAGAACCACCAUGUUCAGGAAGGACUAUGACCGUCGAAAGCAGCAGCUGAAACAAACGGCUGGGAUUGAACUCUCCUCACCACCUGUACUGAAGAAAAUUAUCCAGAAGGCUGGUCCAAUAAAAAGGGAGAUUGAUCUCGUUCCUGACGACAAACCAACUCCGGACAUACUAAUGGAGGAUCAAGUCAGUUUGGUUGGAACAGAGAGUGUGACCAUCAGUACCGCGGACAAACACACCCGGCAGGACUCGAUACCAAUAUCUGCCUCCGUAACAAGUAUUGAAAUACCGAGUGUGGAUAAAGAUGACAUGGAGGGCAUUGAAGACGAUGCUGCUGGUAGGAAAUACCCUGACGAGAUUCCAAUCAUAGCUAAAAGGGAGAGAACUCUGGAGAUAAGAACUCCCCCACUCUCUCUAGACAAGAUGGCACCGAAGGAGGAUGGUCCCAAGAGGGCGCCCAGCGGCCGAGCUCUAAGUGCCAAACAGUCUGUUUCAUCAGCUCGAAGUCUUUCCAGACCCGACCCCAACAUUGUGUUGACAUAUCUCAGGAAGAAUAAGUACGAUGACUCAGAUAAAGAUGUCAAGAAACAGAAGGCCAAAACGAAAAGAAAAAGAAUAUUAUCGCGGAUUGUUCCUGAAAAUGACAGUGUUGUUGACAAGCUCAUCGAGCUGCGUGAGAACCUAAACUGGGAGACAGAGCUUCCUCGAUACGGCCCGGAAUGCAAGAUAAAACUACUGGAAAUGAUGCAGAAGAAAUCUAAAGAUGAUGACAAGGUCAUAAAAGAGGAUGACGGUCAGUUUUUCUACUGUCUACCGAGGAACAGGCGACACCCACGAGCGCGGUACGACCCCUAUGACCUACAGAUUGUGUCGGCAGACGCAGCCAGGGCUGAGAGUAUCUACUGGACAGUGUCGGCUUCAUUCAUUACCAGGUGUCUGCAGGGUGAGAAUGGACAGGACUCUUCCUCCAACACAGACGCCCUGCUAUGGCUGUGGGAGCGACGUCUCUUCUACAUGAUAUUCAAACUACCGGUCUUUGUCAAGUUCAGGCAAUGGAAAACAUUCAAACAAUGGAGAAGAAAUAUUCGCCAUCAGAAAAACACUGGAAGCAGGAGCUGCCUCUACAAAUCUCUGUUCGUGGCCAAUGAAGUGCUCCAGGGGUGUCUGAUCCACGUCCGGUGUCUGUGUCAGGCCGCCAAGGGGAUCUCGGGGAAGGAACUGGACACCAGCAAUGAGAUCUCCUUGGUCAGCCUUGACCGCAGCAAGACCCUGAUGCUCCAGGACUUCAAAGCAUGUCAGAGAGACCAAGGGGUCAAGGCCUUGCAACAGCUCAGUGCUCUCAGGGACAAGGUCAUAGAGAUUGUCUGGGAGUCCUGUGCUACUGUAGCCGAGAUGGAGGGGGUGACGCAGGGCAUCAGAGGCGACAGUCACAAGAAAGUCACCAUCAUCGUGCCCAAAACUAUUACUGAGGCUAUGAAACAUUCAAAGGGUGCAACAAAAUUGGACAAAAAGGACGCAAAGAAAAAAGAUAAACCUUUGUAUGCUGAGAUUGCUGAGUGGAGGAAGAUCCUUGCACGCUUGUCCUGCUUCCUGCGAUCUGUCGACUACCUUCUGAUGGACGUGCUGCGCCACCUGGUGAUGACAGCAGUGCAGCAGCUGCUGGAGCACUUCAUCGCAUCCUACAACAUCGGCGAUGACGACGAACAGGACUCCCAGAGUGACUCCGAGUCUGUCAGGACAGACAUGAGCUAUCGGCCCAGCUACCCAACAUCACGGAGACGAAUGUCAUCUGAGUCCAUCCUUACUCCAAAGACAUCAGCCCGUCCAGUGGAAGUGACCAAAAAUGGCUAUGUCAUCCCACAGUAUGACUUUGACCAACCAGAGGAGAGACAAGGACCACCUGACAUUGACCAGGUUCUGGAGGAACUGAGGCACAAGGAGAUAGUGGAAGAGAUUGUCUCCCCUGUGUUCCAUGUCUCCCUCGUCCUGAACGUCCCCAAACCCUCCACUGGGCAGUCGACACGGAGACAGAGCUCUCCCCGGCAUCACAACCGUAGCCCACAAGGCCGGAGAACCAGCUCUUUCAACAAAGACGAGAGGGCAGUCAAAAAGAAGAUUGUCAAGUUUCCCGACGAGGAACCUAUCUCUGAGAGUGAGAGUGACUACUUGAGUGGGUCUGACGAAGAGGACCAGCGCUACUCGGAUGAGGAGGAGGAGGACCCCACAAGGAACAGAUUUGCCUACACAGAGGCAGUAGAAGACUCCUCUCCCCGACAAGACCUGUCUUCGUCCUACGUCAGCCUGUCGCCUACCGAGAUGGACUUUAAGACCAGUGUCUUUGAACUCAUAACUGGCUUUGAAAACACUGUUGCAAAAGUAGUUCCAAUGUUACGAGAACCCAAACUAGCUGUGUUCUACUCCCCUCCUAAGCAUGACCUCCGCCUCAAGUUUGAUGAGGAAGAGGAGGAAGAGAGAAGAGAGCUGCAGAUGCCUUGGCCUGACAUUGACCUCCUGCUUCGGGAUGACCCUCAGUACCAGAAGAUGCUGGCCGAGAUCUCAUCCUACGUCCACAUGGAGCUGGAGCUGAUCAAGCAGUUCUCCACGGACUACGACCAGUUUUGUACUAUGGUAGACCAGUCACGGUCUAUGGAUGUGGAGGAGUCGAUGGCCAAGAGGAACUGGUCAACCGAGGAAUUCAACCAUGUGCUGGCUGCUCAUACAGAGAUGGUGACUCGGAUGAAUCUUAUGAUCCUGAGUCGGAGAAUCUCAAUGAUCCAGGUGUCGGUCACGGACUACUACAACUCCUGUCUGCCCUUUCCCCAGAAGAUCAUUGACAUCAUCCACAGACGGCUGCCAGUCACCGCCAACAAGCGCAAUGAAGACCUGCUCUCUAUCAUUAAGGGAGCAUCAAGUCGACUGGACAAGCCGCCAGCAUCGGUGGAGGAGUUUGUGGACCAUCUGUCCUUCCUGGGUCGGAUGUCCAACGAACUGGCUGCUCUAGAGAAGGAGUUCAACAUUGUCAACAAACUCUUCACCAUAGCCAAGGACUACUAUGUAGCGAUCGAACCUGAGGACCUAGCUCUGUAUCAGACCCUUGGCCCAAGCUUCCAGCAUUUGAAGUCCACAAUCCUGUACUGUGAGGCCAAGAAGGACGACAACAUCAGGAAAUUCAGCUCCGACCUGGACUCCCUCAUCACUAAUAUCAGGUCCAAACUGAUGGACCUGAAGAAUCGGGUGCGGGAUCCGGAGCUGCUGCAUGCUGACACGAUGGCUGUGACGGCGCUGGAAACCAUCCGCUUCCUGCAGGACGAGGUGCAGAAUCUGUCUGUGAGAGCUCGAAGCUAUGCCAGCUACCAGGAGAGGUUUGGCAGCUCAAUGUCUCAGGCCAAGAACAGGUUCCUUGGCGAAGAGUACAUGCUGAUGGACAAGAAGUCGGAUGAGAGUGCACAGGAGAUCCAGGCUGACCUGUCGGAGAUCGAGCGAGACCUGACACUGAGACGGCUGCUGUGGCAGUCCCUGGAAGAGUGGACCAAGCUCCUGGAUGAGUGGACAGCGACGUCAUUCGACUCCAUCCAUGUCGAGUCCCUUCAGAAGAAUGUCAACAAGUUCACUCAGACCGUCUACAUGCUGGAUAAAGGGCUCCCCCAUAAUGAAGUGCUGCCUCGUCUCAAGGAGAAGGUGAUGGACUUCAAGCAAGGCAUGCCUGUCAUCACCAGCCUCCGCAACCCCUCGCUCCGAGCCCGGCACUGGGAGAUCAUAGAGAAGAUCAUCAAUAAAGUCAUCGUCAGGGACAAGUCCUUCACCCUGGGCAACCUGCUCGACAUGAAUAUAUUCAAACACAAGGAGAAGAUCCAGGACAUCUCUACUACAGCUAGUAAUGAGGCCACCCUGGAACUGAUGCUGCAGAAGAUCAUCGACUUGUGGCAGAACACAGAUUUCCGUCUGCUGCCUCAUGCUGGUCGAGACACCAUCAUCAUCGCAGGAGCAGACGACAUCAUGGCCCAGCUGGAGGAGAGUCAGGUUACCGUGGGAACAAUCCGGGGAUCCCGAUAUGUAGGACCAAUCAAGGCGCAGGUGGAGGAAUGGGAGCGGAAGCUGCAGGUGUUUUCCCGCACCCUGGACGAGUGGCUCAACUGUCAGCGCAACUGGCUGUACCUGGAGCAGAUCUUCAGUACUCCAGACAUCCAGAGACAACUGCCGAGUGAGUUCAAGCUGUUCUCCCAGGUGGACAAGGCCUGGAAGGACAUCAUGCGCCGUGUGGAGGACCGACCCAACGCCCUCAAGUCAGCCAUCGCCCCCGGAACCCUGGAGACACUGACGUCCGCCAACGCCAACCUGGAAAAAAUUCACAAGUGUUUGGAGGACUACCUGGAGACGAAGAGACUGGUGUUCCCCAGGUUCUACUUCCUCAGUAACGAUGAACUCCUGGACAUCCUCGCGCAGUCCAAGGACCCCAAUGCUGUUCAGCCUCACCUGGGAAAGUGCUUUGGCAACAUCAAACAGCUGGACAUUCGCCAGUUGCCACGACAACCACCAACUGUAAAGAGGAUCAUUUCCUGGGAGGGUGAAACCAUUGCUAUGCCAAGGAACGUGAGGGCGCGAGGACCGGUGGAGCAGUGGCUGGGGACCGUAGAGGCAGGCAUGUUCGAGACCGUCAAGAAGCAUCUGAAACUCGGGUUGUCAGACUGGAUUGGUAUUGACUUGCAGGAGUGGGUCCUCAAACACACGGGCCAGGUGGUCCUUACUGUGACUCAGAUCAUGUUCAACAAGGAGGUGUCACGCUGCUUCGACCGGGGAGAUGUGAAGGCAGCUCUGGUACAGACGAGGGACCGCAUGGUCGACUUCCUCAACAAGCUGGCCGGUCUGGUGCUCACCAACCUACUCUCCUUCCAGAGGAACAGCAUGGAAGCCCUCCUCACCAUCACCGUCCACAACAGGGACAUCAUCAACAACAUCAUCAACAGCAAGGUUGUCAAGAAGGAUGAUUUUGAAUGGAAGAGACAACUGCGGUACGAGUGGGACGAGCAGACCAACAACUGUCAGGUGCUCCAGUCUAAUGCAGCGUUCCAGUACGGCUACGAGUACCUAGGCUGCUCCUCUCGUCUGGUCAUCACCCCCCUGACUGACCGCUGCUACCUCACCCUCACAGGGGCGCUGCAUCUACACCUGGGGGGGUCACCAGCGGGGCCUGCUGGCACAGGCAAAACGGAAACUGUCAAAGACCUGGCCAAGGCUAUGGGCAAACAGUGUGUGGUAUUUAACUGCUCAGAGGGAUUAGAUUAUAAGAUGCUGGGCAAGUUCUUCUCUGGCCUCUCCCAGUCAGGGAGCUGGUGCUGUUUUGAUGAGUUCAACCGUAUAGACGUGGAGGUGUUGUCUGUAGUGGCCCAGCAGAUCCUCACCAUCAAGUCGGCCAAAGACUGUCAGUCUCUCCGCUUCAUGUUUGAAGGCCGGGACAUCAAACUGAACAUGACGUGCGGCUACUUCAUCACCAUGAACCCCACGGCAGGAGGAAGCUAUGCAGGACGAGUGGAGCUCCCUGACAACCUGAAGUAUCUGUUCCGCCCCGUCGCCAUGAUGGUGCCUGACUAUGCCCUCAUUGCUGAGAUCAUGCUGUUCUCGGAAGGGUUUGUGGAGGCCAAGUCCUUCUCCCAGAAGAUUGUCAACCUGUACCAGCUGGCCAGCAAACAGCUCUCCCAGCAGGACCAUUACGACUUCGGGAUGAGAGCCAUCAAGUCGGUACUGGUCAUGGCAGGUCAUGGCCGCAGACACGCACAACAGAGGGACAUCGGGAGUGCCCGGAGGCUGUCUGCGGAGGAGGAGUCCCACAUCCUCAUCCACUCCCUCAGGGAUGCCAAUCUACCCAAGUUCCUGGCUGAGGAUGUGCCACUGUUUGAGAGCAUCCUGGAUGAUCUCUUCCCCGGCAUCACCCCUCCGCAGCCGGACCAUGGAGUCCUGGAGAAAGCCAUCUCGAUGGCUAUCCGAGAUCAAGGCCUACAACAUUGGCCCAACCAGACCGAGAAGGUUAAACAGCUGCACAGUCAGAUCAUGGUGCGUCAUGGCGUCAUGCUGGUCGGACCCACCGGCGGCGGCAAGUCCGUGGUCAGGAACAUCCUCCAGAAGGCUCUGGUGCUUCUCCCCACCAUCUCUGCCCAGCAGGAUAACAACCCAGACUCCAGUUCCAAGAAACAGAACUAUACACACAAUCGAGCCAAGAAAGGUCAUGUGGAUACUUUUACAAUUAACCCCAAGUGUGUGAAACUUGGUGAGCUGUACGGAGAAACCAACCCAGUGACCUUCGAGUGGACAGACGGUCUGAUUGCAUCAGCUACGCGGAAGUUUGCCAAGAGUGUGCAGUCUGUGCCUCCUGGGGAAGACGGACGGGACAGUCGCCCAGAAACAUCCAUGACGGCUGUGUCUGAGGCUCUCACCCAGACAAGUUACAGAACUGAGACCUCGAGCCAAGUUGGGGAUGCUGAUGCAUCAACAGUAGUGACAGAAGAUGGUGACAGGAAGGACUUGUCUGAUGGAGUUGUGACAGACUGGCAGUGGCUGGUGCUGGAUGGGCCUGUAGACACAUUGUGGGUGGAGAAUCUGAACACAGUGCUGGAUGACUCCAAGGUUCUGUGUCUGGCAAGUGGCGAGCGUAUCAGUCUGACGCCAGGGAUGAGGAUCCUGUUUGAGGUGGACAAUCUGUCCCAGGCCAGCCCGGCCACCAUCAGUCGGUGUGCCAUGGUAUAUAUGGAUCCCGUUGACCUGGGCUGGAAACCGUUUGUCAAGACCUGGCUCCAGCGUCUGCCCCGAGAGCUGCCGGAGAGUGGCAAGAGUCACCUGCAGGGCUUGUUUGAUCACAGUGUAGAGAAGGGGCUGUCGUUCCUCCGCAAGUACAAGCGCUUCCAGGUCCUGGCCACGCCCGAGCUCAGCAUCAUCUCCUGCAUCUGUAACAUCCUCUCUGCCUACCUGGACUUCAUGAACAAACAUGGAGGGUUUGGUAAUCCAGACAAGGAAGAGCUACGCCCCCCCAGCCAGGAGAGCAGGGUCUCAAGUCGCAGUUCCUCGCGGGGGCAGGGUAGUCGCGCGUCUCGAAGCAAACGCAAAACCAAACGCUCUGUCAAAGUGAAGGAGGAUGUGAGCGGUACUGAUGAUGGUGUCAACAACAAUUCCAAGCAGUACUACCUGCAGAAGAGUCCCGGUCAGCUGUUCAACCUCCUGGGGAAGUUGUUCGUCUUCUGCUUCACCUGGGGUGUGGGCGGCACGCUGCGGAGACAGGAGGACAGCGACGAGGACGACACUGUCAACAGGCGUGGCGCAGACAAGGUGGACAAGGACAUCAACAUCUGUAACGAGUUUGACAACUUCAUGAGGGAACUCUUUGAGAUUGAACCUCCUCUCGGUGUACGACUUCCUGCAGGAAACAGAAGUGUGUUCAGCUAUUUCCUCGACAUGGAGUCAGGGAACUUUGUGGCGUGGGAUGCACUCAUCCCUUCAACCCGCUCACUCAUAGAGAAGGGUGCAGUCAUCACCAUCGGAGAGACCAUGGGAAUUCAAACUGACCACAAGAAGUCACAUGAGCCGAAGGAGGCCGAGAUUGUGUCCACAGUGGACAUUGUCCGCUUCUCCUUCCUGACCGGCCUCCUCCUGACCAACAAGCAUCCUGUAUUGCUCACAGGUGAUUCUGGUGUGGGGAAGUCUGCCAUCAUUGACUACAUGUUAAAACGCCUGGAGAAAGAUGGUGGCACCUCGUUCAAGAACGGCACCAUCCUCGGAAGUGUUUUCAACUACUCGGAGAAGAACACCUCGCUGCUGGAGAACAUCAGCGCGCUGACCAAGUUCGGUGACGAUGAUGAUGGCAAGAGUAUGGAUGCCUUGCUGGGAACUACCAAGCCCAAGAUAAGCACUGGCAUCCUCAGCACUACAGUGCAGUUCAGUGCUCAGACCAGCUCAGCCAAACUGCAGGCACAGAUCAUGCACAAGCUCAUCAAGAAGGGGAGAGAAUCCAUGGGAGCACCCAAAGGAAGGAAGGUGAUUGUGUUUGUGGAUGAUCUGAACAUGCCGGCGCCGGAGGAGUACGGAGCCCAGCCUCCCCUGGAGUUGCUCCGCCAGUUCCUGGAGUGUGGGGGAUUCUACGACACCAAGAAACUCACAUGGAAGGACAUCCUCGAUGUGACGCUGGUGGCGGCGUGUGGUCCCCCGGGGGGUGGUCGGAACCCAACCAGUCCGCGUCUCCUCAAACACUUCUGCAUCCUGGCACUGCCGACGCCGUCCACACGGUCACUGCAACACAUCUACCAGGUCCAGCUGGGCCGCUUCCUCCAGGACGGAGAGUUCAUGCCAGAGGUCACGGACUGCUUGUUUCCGCUUGUCUCGGCCAGCAUCGCUGUCUACUACCGCAUGUGUAGCAGCAUGCUGCCGACGCCCACCAAGUCGCACUACACGUUCAAUAUCCGAGAUCUCUCCAAGGUGAUCCAGGGGCUGUUGCAGGCCCAUGAGUCGGUGAUCGUGGGGAAGGAGAACUGUGCCCAGCUCCUGGCCCACGAGGCCACCAGGGUGUUCCACGACAGACUGGUCAGCAGCGAUGACCGCCUCGUAUUCUUCCAGAUUCUCUCCGACAACAUGCAUGAUUACUUCAAGGUGACAUGGACAGCAGAGAAGCUGAUGACCGAUAGUGUCCUGUUUGGGGACUUCUCGGACAUGGAUGAUGGGACGAUCCAGCGAGUGUACAAACCUCUCACUGACCGGGCCAAGCUGACCAGGGUCCUCGAAGAGCAGUACAUGACUCUCAAUUCUGGCAACACCAAGGCUUCCAAACUUGUGUUCUUCAAAGAUGCAGUGGAACAUAUAGUCCGAGCUGCAAGAGUGUUCCGACAACCAGGAGGCCAUCUCCUGCUGGUGGGUCUGGAUGGGACAGGGAAGUCCACCAUCAUCCAUCUGGCCAGCCACAUCGCCAACUGUGAGCUCUUCCGCCUCUCUCUACACAAGACAUACAGCAUCCCUGAGUUCCGGGACGACCUCAAGAAGGUGUUCCUCAAGAGCGGUGUGAAGGGCAUCAACACAGCCUUCUUGCUGACUGACUCGGACAUUGUCAAGGAAACAUUCCUAGAAGACAUCAACUGCAUCCUGAACUCGGGCGAGGUACCGGACCUGUUUGACAAUGAGGAACUGGAUGGCAUCAACAUGGACCUGAAGGGGGCGGCGUCCGAGGCUGACAUCCCCGACACCCGCACCGCUGUGUAUCAGUUCUUCAUCUCCAGAGUGAGGAGGAACCUCCAUGUGGUCCUCACCAUGAGUCCGGCCGGGGGGAUAUUCCGCCAGCGGUGCCGCAUGAACCCCGCCCUCAUCAACUGCUGCACCAUCGACUGGUAUGAUGAGUGGUCGGAUGAAGCUAUGCUCAGUGUGGCCCAGGUCUUCUUCCAGGACACAGAGUUCAUAGCCAACCCCAAGUAUGAUCUCGAGGUUCUCCAGGAGCGAGUGGCGGAGACGUGUGUGGAGAUACACAAGAGCAUCACGGACAAGGCGGGGCAGUACUGGCUGGAGAUGAGGCGCCGCUACUACUCCACACCCAGCAGCUACAUGGAGCUCAUCAGGCUCUACUCCAAGAUGCUCAGGGACAACAAGAGGGAGUUCAUGAACAACAGAGAUCGUCUCCAGAUCGGCUUGUUCAAACUGUCGGAGGCCAACUCGUUGGUCGGGGAGAUGCAGGAUGAGUUAGUGUCCCUGGGGCCGAAGAUUGAGGAGAAGGCCAGGGACACGGAGGUGUUGCUGAAGCAGCUGGAGAAGGACCAGGAUGCUGUGGAGCAGGUGCAGCAGAUCGUGGAGGAGGAGGAGGGCAUCAUGAAGAAGGAGACGCAGAUUGUACAGGACUACGCCGAUGAAUGUCAGCUAGACCUUGCCUCUGUUCUGCCAGCACUCCAAGCUGCCAUCAACUCCCUGGAAACUUUGGACAAAGCGUCAGUAGCAGAAAUCAGGGUGUAUUCAAGCCCCCCACUGCUGGUAGAGACUGUGAUGAAUGCAGUCUGCGUGCUCUUCCAGAAGAAACCAGAUUGGUCAACUGCCAAGCAGAUGCUUGGAGAUCCAAACUUCCUGAAAAAACUUCUUCAGUUUGACAAGAACAGUCUCCCGGAUAAAGUGUUCACGAAGCUGAGGAAGUACUCCAAGAAGCCGGACUUCAACGCAGACACUAUAGGGAAGGUGUCCAAAGCCUGCCGCUCUAUAUGUGAGUGGGUGCUUGCACUGGAGCACUACAACGAGGUUUACAAGAUGGUGAAGCCGAAACAGAAGAGGGUGGAGGAGGCCAAGGAGGCUCUCAAGCUAGCUCAGGAUGGCCUUGCUCAGAAACAGGCUAGCCUCAAGAAGAUCGAGGACCACCUGAAGAUGAUCCAGCAGCAGUACCAGGACAGUGUCAACCAGCGGGAGGCUCUGAAGGAACGCAAGAAGACCACAGCUCUACGUCUCCAGCGAGCCUCCGUCCUCGUCUCGGCUUUGGCUGAUGAAAAGGUGAGGUGGGCUGACUCUGUGAAAGUCCUGGACUUCAAGCUGCAGGGGCUGGUAGGGGACACACUGAUUGCAGCUGCAGGAGUUGCCUACCUUGGCGCCUUCACCGCCCGCUACCGCCGAGAUCUCACCGCAGUCUGGUUGAACAUGUGUGGCGACCGAGAUAUCCCAAUCUCACAGGAGUUUGAUCUCGUCAAGAGCAUGGUGGAUGCCAAUAUGGUUUUGAAAUGGCACAACGGUGGUCUGCCUAGAGAUACCCACUCAACAGAGAAUGCUGUGUUUGUGAAGAAAGCCAGGAAAUGGCCACUACUCAUUGACCCACAGGGUCAGGCAGUCAACUGGGUUCGAGAGAUGGAGGGCGUGCGGCUGAAGGCGAUGACGGCGACGGAUCACAACCUGAUGCGGACCAUGGAGACGGCGCUGCGAGUGGGAGACCCCGUCCUCAUCAGGGAUGUAGGGGAGGAAUUGGACCCAGCUCUACGCCCCAUCUUGCUGCAGGAGACAUUACGACGAGGAGGCCAUCUCAUCAUCAAACUGGGCGACACAGAGAUCGAGUACAAUCAGAACUUCAGACUGUACCUGGCCUCCUCCAUGGCCAACCCUCACUACCUGCCCGCCGUCUUCAUCCAGGUGAACAUCAUCAACUUCACCGUCACCUUCGACGGUCUGCAGGAACAGCUCCUGUCUGCAGUGGUCAAACAGGAGCGCCCUCAGCUGGAGAGUCAGCGGACCGGGCUGCUGGAGAGUAUCAGUAAUGACAAGCAGUCGCUGCUCGACCUGGAAAACAAGUCUCUAGGACUCCUGCAGAAAUCUGAUGGUCAUAUCCUGGAUGACCAGGUGCUGGUGGAGACGCUCCAGAAGAGCAAGGGAGUGUCUCAGGAGAUCUACGAAAGAGUGGGACAGUCGGUGGAGACUGAGAAGAAACUAAACCAAGCCAGGAAGCGAUACCUCCCAGUUGCAACAAGAGGAGCCGUCUUGUACUUUGUCCUGGCCGAGCUGGCCACCAUCGACGUGAUGUACCAGUUCUCUCUAGACUGGUUCCAGGACAUGUUCACCGCCUGCAUCACCAGUAACGCUGACCAGUCCUCCACCUCCACCAACUCCUCCCACUACUACAGCGGCGUCAUCAGACCAACCAGCUCACACAAACAUCGUCAACCGAGUCCACAGCCUACCAGCGAUGUCCUCUCUUCCAUGGACAACCCGGAACAGCUGAUGAAGCACCUUCUGAGCAUGAUCGACCGUCUGACUUCCAGCAUCUACCGCGUGGUGUCGGUGGGCUUGUUCGGACAUCACCAACUCACCUUCUCCUUCAUGCUGGCUAGUAGUGUGAUGCGAGCUAACUCCCGGUAUGAGGACAGUGUCAGUCAUCUGGACAAGAUAAACGAGCUCGAGUGGCAGGUGUUCCUCCAGGGCAACAUCAUGGCCAGCAUGCUGGAUGACAAGACACUUGCUGAGAAGGAUGGUCUAUCUCCAAUGGAGAGGUUGGAGUCUGAGGCCCAGGCAGGAGAUCCCAAUUCGGACAAACACAAGCAGUUGCCGAGCUGGGCGGCAGACACAACAUGGAGACAGUGCCAGCAUCUGGAUGCAACAAUCCCUGCCUUUGACAGUCUGUGCCGGAGCAUCAUGUCACACGCCCAGCAGUGGAACAGCUUCAUGAAGGCCGAGGAUCCGUACAGUCUCAUGAGUCUUCCCUUCAAGGAGGAGGAAGGCACAAACAAGGACAAGACAGCUCCAAAGGAAGAGGUCCGACCAGGUAUUGUGUUCCGAUGGGAGGAUCUGAACAGCUUCCAGAAACUGAUCUUGGUCAAGGUCAUCCGACCAGACACGUUGACUGCUGCUGCUGCCAAGUUCAUCCAAUCUCAGCUUGGCCCAACAUACCUCUCCACAGGAGCCUUUGACUUGAAAGAAAUCUACGAAGACUCUACAGCCAAGACUCCACUGAUCUUCAUACUGUCUCCUGGAUGCGACCCUGCCUCCCAGCUGCUGAGGUUUGCCAAGGAACUGAGGGGGAGCACCUUGCACCUGGACAUGAUCUCGCUGGGCCGAGGUCAGGGGCCCAAGGCAGAGGAGCUGAUCUCCAAGGCCCAGAUCCUCAAGGGCAGAUGGGUGUUCCUGCAGAACUGUCACCUUGCAGCAUCCUGGAUGCCUAGACUGCAGGCUUUAGUGGAGAGGUUUAACCGUCCGAAUGAUGACAUUGAUCCACAGUUCCGGCUGUGGCUCAGUUCUAAGCCUGACCCUACUUUCCCCAUCUCGAUCCUGCAGACUGGGAUGAAGAUGACCGUUGAGUCCCCCCGAGGCUUGAAGGCCAACAUGUUGAAGUCCUUCGGGAGUGGUGGUACUGGGGUGGUGACCGAGCAGCUGUACGAGGAAGGCUCCGCCCACUCCGCCUGGCACAAGCUGCUGUUUGGGCUGUGUCUCUUCAACAGUGUGAUCCAUGAGAGGAAGAAAUACAGCACUCUCGGCUGGAACAUUCCUUAUGAGUUCAAUGACUCAGAUCUAGAGGUGGCAAUCCUGAAGCUGCAGAUGCUGUUGGAAGAAGCUGACAACAUCCCCUGGGCAGCGUUGCUGUAUCUCACAGGGGAGGUAACUUUUGGUGGUCGUGUGACAGAUGACUGGGAUCGCCGCUGUCUGCUGAGCAUGCUGAAGAAGUUCUACUGCGUGGAUGCGCUCAAGGACGACUACAGCUACUCAGCUAAUGGGGUGUACCACCCCGUGCCAGACAACAGCAGUGUGAGUGAGUUGCACGGCUUCGUGGAGAACUUCCCUGACUAUGACUCCAGCGAGAUGUUCGGGAUGACGGAGAAUGCUGAGAAAAUAUGUCGAGAGCAUCAGGCAACGGACCUCGUGUCCACCCUGGUUGCUGUACAACCCAGGAUAUACGCUGGCUUCACAGGAACCCAGAAAAGUAGUGAUGACAUCGUGCUGGACAUCGCCUCGGACAUCAUGGAGAGACUCCAGCGGUCAGUAGAAGAUGUGGAGGAGGAAGGGAUGGCUCCCUCCACCGGCACAAGUCACAAGCUGCCCAAACUACAGCUGCAGUCACUGCUGAAGGAGAUUGGAGAUGCCAAGGCUAAAGACAGGGUCAAUAUGAAUUCCUUAGAGAUAGCGACACAUGAGGUGAUUGGAAACUCUGCCCUUAUCACCGUGUUACGCCAGGAGAUCGACCGCUUCAACAAUCUGCUUCACGUCAUCCAUACAUCCCUGGCAGCUUUGAUUCUGGCCGUCAAAGGGGAGAUAAUUAUGUCGGAUAUGCUGGAAGAUGCUUACAAGGCUCUCCUCACUCAGACGAUACCUCAGCAAUGGAAGACUGCAGCCUACGAGUCCAGGAAGCCCCUCGCAUCCUGGGUGACCGAUCUGAUUCUGAGGGUGGACUUCUUCUCCCAGUGGGCGGGGACCAUCACAACAUCCGUGGAGAAGAAGUUCAAGAUCAUGACACAGAACCGCUCCCAGGCCCAGUCCGAAACAGAUCUGGGGGAGACCUUUCCCAUGCAGCCUUGCAGCUUCUGGCUGUCCGGCUUCUUCUUCCCCCAAGGCUUCCUGACGGCAGUCCAGCAGAACCAUGCCAGGAAGAUGGGCAUAUCCGUGGACUCCCUGACAUUCGACUACAGGGUCCUCUCCGAAGCUGUAGGGCAGGAGGAUCCCAGCAAGCAUCACCAGGUCCUGGACAUCAAGGAGGCAGCAUUCAUGGGACACCAGCCCCCAGAUGAUGGAGUCCUCAUAUUUGGACUGUUCUUGGAUGGAGCCCGAUGGGACAGCCUCACUCAGUCCCUACAAGACCUUCAUCCCAGCCAGAAGUUCUGCCAGCUGCCGGAGAUUCACUUCCUGCCAGUUCAGUUACAUCAGACUGCGUCUGCUGCGGAAGCUGCCAUGAAUUCAAGCCCUAAAGAUGUGGUCAAGUCCUACGACUGCCCUCUCUACCGGACUUCAACCCGAGCAGGAACUCUCUCCUCCACCGGUCACUCCACCAACUUUGUGUCCUCCAUUGACUUGCCAACAUUACAAGAACCAGACUUCUGGGUGCUCCGUGGAGUGGCCAUGCUGUGCCAACUUGAUGACUGAGCCAAGGGAUUAAACUUUAAGGACAUGAUGUAAUGGACAAUUGGUUUGGUUAUUUACAUGGAGGACAAAAGGAAAUUUGUCAGCUGUGUAAUGAGGUGGAAAUAUAAUGUGUUGUCUGGAAAACACUUCAAGAUGAUCGUCCUGAAGGUCUUGUCAUGGAUCACCCCAGUUGGUGGGUCACUUGGAUGACCACAAGGUCAAUGGAUUUGUUGAAUUGGUCAACAAUUAUAAUGUCCUUUGUUAUCAAUAAUUUGUGACAUUGUGCAAACAGUAUAUUUGGGUGCAGGCUAAAACGACACCUCAGAAAACUGCACCGCUUUUGGCAAAAUGGCUACCAAGUGUCGGGCAAAAACGGCACCUCUAUUUUUAAUAACGCUAAGUAUUAUUUAUGCUGUAGUAAGUAUGCUUUAUUCUUUUCACAUAUUCUUUUCUUAUUUCUUACCACAAAUAUCACCUCUUCGAUAAUGAGAUCUCUCCGUGGUCUAGUGGUAGAGCGUCCGCCCGAAGAGCGGAAGGUCAGGGGUUCGAUCCCCGACCGUGUGAUACCAAAAGACGUUAAAAGAUGGUACUUGUUGUUACCCUGUCUGGCGCU